AUGAGCGGAAUGUUCGGCUCCAUCGGCUCUUUGUUCGCCACCGGUCCGCGAUUGCGAUACGACCUCGACGAGCGGCCGCACGACGCGCGAUCUCUCGGACGAUGGACCCACGCCGGUGGUACAUCGCGCGAGAGUGGUGAACGCGUGAGCGUUUUCACGUUCAGAGGAGACGCGCAGAGAGACGCGCGAGCGCUGGAGAUCGCGAGGAACGGGGUGCGAAGAUUGAAGACGAUGAGACACCCGAAUGUGUUGCUCGUGAAGGAGACGUUGGAGGUGGAAACGGGGAGCGAGAUCGCGCUGCACGUCGUCACGGAGCCGACGACGCCGCUGGAGACGCACUUGCGGGAAAUCGCGCGCGGUGGGAGCGAUUCGCAGGGAGGGGAAUACUUAUUACUCGGGAUACGGGAGAUCGCCACGGCGGUGGCUUUUUUGAAUAACGACUGUCGAUUGGUGCACGGCGCGAUUAGCUUGGCGUCCGUGGUGGUGACGGAACGCUUGGAUUGGAAGCUGUGGGGGUUCGAUCUGUGCAGCGAGUUGGAUGCGAUCGGGCACGGGGCGAAUGGCGACGCGAAACUGAUACACGGUGCGUACUUGGUUCCCGACCAGUACAAGCCUGAGGAGUUUAGGCGAGGGGAUUGGGUGAGCAUUCCGGAGGGGCCGCCGUGGGCCAUCGACGCGUGGGGACUCGGAUGCUUGAUUCAAGAGGUUUACAGCGGUGGCGCUUUGCGCGGGACGGAUCAGCUCCGCGAGGUGUCGUGUAUACCGCAAACGUUGCUCAAGGAUUACCAGCGCCUGCUCGGUUCGCAGCCGACGAGGAGGUAUAACCCAAAGAAGUUGAUUGAAAACGCGUCGCUCUUCGCGAACAAGCUCGUGGAGACCAUCACGUUCAUCAACAACUUGGCGCUCAAGGAUUCCAUCGAGAAGGAGCGCUUCUUCGGCCACUUGCCUCGAGUAUUGGAGCAGCUCGCGUUGCAGCCGGUGCAGAAGAAGAUUUUGCCAAUGUUGUGCGACGCUCUGGUGUUCAAUCAGGCGCCGCAUCAGGCCAUCUUGCCAAUGUUCAUCUCGGCCCAGGACAUCCCGUUGGAGGCCUAUCGAAAGAUCGUCAUCCCUACCGUGUUGAAGCUCUUCGAGAAUCCCGACAAGAUGGUUCGACUAGAUCUGUUAGAGAAUUUGAGUCGAUAUGCCGAUCGAGUUCCGGAUGAGAUGGUGGACGAUCCGCUUUACGAGCGUCUGAGCACCGGAUUCACGCACGCAGAUUCCAACGUGCGCGAGAUGACUCUCAAGGGGGCGUCACUCCUCGUGCCGAGACUGUCAGAGCGAGUGAUCACCGCUUCAUUACUCAGACAUUUGAGCAAGUUACAAAUAGACGAGGACCCCGCCAUUCGGGCGAACACAACGAUUUGCCUUGGGAACAUCGCGCAGUACCUCAGUGAAGCCACGGCGAAGCGCGUGUUGCUCAACGCCUUCACGCGAUCUCUGAAGGACGCGUUCCCGCCCGCUCGCUUGGCGGGCGUGAUGGCGCUAGAGCACACGACGCAGUACUACGAGCCGGCGGAGGUGAGCCAACGAUUGAUUCCAUCUCUCGCGCCGUUGCUCACGGAUGUCCAGAAAGAUGUUCGAGUGCGAUCCUUCCAAGUUUUGCAGAUUUACUUGGAGAGUUUGAAGAGACACUCCGACGCGCUCGAGCAAGGACCAGAGGCCGCAGCGGCGCAUGUUGAGAGGGAGCAAAAGAAGGGACACGCCAACGCGGCUAAAAAGGCGGCGAAUGUGCUCUCAUGGGCGGUGAAUAUGGCAGCGAGUAAGAUUGGCGGCCCCGAAGAGGACGCACGCGCUCAGGUUGAUCUCACAAACGAGCGCCUGAUGGCAAAGUCGUUCAGUUCAGCUGCGCCACCGCCGAAGCUCUAUGGCGAGAGCCCUCGCACUUCGACGCAAAACACCCCCGCGGUGUCCCUGGGCCCGUCACCGGCGAAGGCGAUGUCGAGUGCGUACGAUAGCAGUCGCCGAACGAUCGAGUCAGCGGCGCAGAAGGUGAGCGCCUUGUCGAUGAACGAUGACUUCAACGACGAGGACGACGACGCCGACGGGUGGGGAGAUUUGGACAUCGUCGAUCCGGCCGAGCAAGCGGCUCGAGAGAGGUUGAACUCUCGCACCACGAGCUCGAGCGCGCGAGUACAGCUGCCGAGAACGAAUUCAGGAGGCAUGAAGAAAUCGACGAGCGAUGGAUGGGGCGACGGCGACGACGACUUGUUCGAGGAACUCGCGCCGCCGCCGGCACCGAAGCCUUCGAUUCCAUCCACGGCGCCGCGUGCGGGUCUAAGCGGUGCGCGAACAAUGGGGUCUAGUGGACACGUUGGUUUAAGCGGUGCGCGUCGACCACUUUCGAGCGGGUCGCUAGGCGGAUUGGCGAAACCGAUGGGCGGCGUGAAGCCGCCGCCGAUGAAGCUCGGCGGCGGCGCCAAGAAGCCGCAGGCGGACAUAGAUUUAGAAGCGAUGCUAAACGGAUAG